AGCAGAGCGCGAUAGAGCUUUUGCGCGUCGUACUUACGAAAACGAAACGACGAGAAUGAGCCUCCGAGCGGGAGACACCGUUACCUCGACGAAACCAUUACCAUUACCAACGACGACGAAAUUAACGACGACCGGGGAGCAUAAAGACGGCCGAGCAGCACCCCGGCCGGAUACGAAGGCCGCGACGAGGAAGCGCCGCCAGCCGCAGCAACCCCAUCAGGAGACUGUGAUACCACCGCCCCCGAAAUCGCGGCGCAGAGGCGAGCCAGCCACCAGCCCCGAAGCCAACAGAUCGCUCAUCGGCGACUUUUUUUCGACACUCGCUUCGCGCAUCCGGGGCACCAUGGCCUCCACCGAAGCCACCCUCGUGAUGAAUCGAGCCAACUCGGGAAAUCGACCAGCCGACGACACAGCCAUGGCGGAAAUGCCGGUGAAGCAAAAACAGAGCCACGAGCUGGAGGAAGAGGGUGCCGAUCGCGACCCGAGCAAAAAAAGAAAAUUCGAGGAAAUCGAGGAAUCGGCAGGUAACGUGACCGAGGAAAGGGACGAGCAGGUAGCCACGGAGUCGAAAGGCACAAUAAUACCCCAAGGGAGCCCCGUCGAGGAGGAGAUAAUAGGCAUGUGCCGGAACAUAGUGGCCGACAUGUGCGAGAAAAUCCAGAGCACGAAGAAAUUCGAGUCGCGGGCCAGCGUGGCCACGGUCGUACUCUCCACGGGGUCCGAUCACCUCCCCGAGGCCCUGGAGACGUGGAAGUACGCCACGAUCGAGGCGGACUUUGGCAACGGCUCGAGACAAUCGAUCGGUUCGAAGAAAUCGGCGUCCGAUGACGACCGAGACUCGGCCAACGCCAGCAGCCAGAAAGGUGCUUGCGGGAGAUUGGCUUUGAUGAGGUUUUCGGGCAAGGCGGGCAAGAGCGAGGCCGAGAGGCACCGGAGGACCAUACAGUGGCUGGAGGAGGGCGCGAGGCGCUUGCGGGAGGAGUUGGCGCGCGCGAGGUCGGAGCUGCACGAGGAGCGCAAGGCUUCCAAGCUUUUGCGCCGGGAGAUGGAGAUGGCGGUCAAGGAGGCCAGGUGCGCCGAAGCUCUCAAGUUCACGGGCAUCGUUUCGGAACUUAAGGCCAGAUUAUCUCAGUCUCCGUCCAAAUCAACGAUGGAUUCUUUACAAAGCCAGUCGAAGACUGAUCUUUUGAAAGAAGAAAAUCACAGGCGAGAAAUAGCUACUCUGAAAAAUCGGUUGGCCGAGGCCGAAACGAUGGUACAGAAACUCAAGACUGACUUUUUGGGUCAAACCAGGGGCAGAAAAAAAAACAAAGUCGAGAGCAAAGGGCGACACGAGAUGCGGAAACUCGAGGUUGAAAUCCAAACUCUAAAAAUGGUCAACAAAAAGCUCGAGGAAAGGUUACAAAUUGCCGAGGAAUGCGUCAGGGCGCGGGCGGCCGAGGUGAGACAGGAGCACGAGAAACACGAGGCGGAAAUGACAGGGUUGCAACGAGCCCUGCGCAGCGACACGAUUAAGAUGAUGGACGAGAUACAGAGCAAAGCCAGAGAGAUCGAGAAACUAGAGAAACUGGUCAGUCAGAGGGACCAGGUGAACGAGAAGCUGCUUCGGUCCAGGGAGGAUGAAAAGAUGCGAAAGUUGCGGGAGACCGACAAAAGUCACCAAACUCGACUGAUGACGCCGAGGCUCGAGGAAAAGAUCCAUCGCAACAAUGACGAGCACGAGUGCGAGGAGGACGAGGUCACGGAGCUCGACCGGCUGCGCGAGCUCGCGAUCGAGCAGCAAGAGGUCAUCGAAGUGCUCAGGCAAGCCGUCAAGGAAAAGGAUCGCAAGCUCGACUGUAUGGCGCGCAAGCAGCACAAGGAGUCGUUCUACAAGCAGUACAUAAACUUAGAGCCCGUGGCCGAGGUGGACGACGAGAGCGAGGAGUACCACAGCAACUGCGAGGAGGCCGACAGCGCCCUCUCCAGCGCGCCGCCGUCACUGUCGCCUCAGCCGGGUAGCGGCGCCUGCCGCGGGGGUUGUGCCGGGCCGAAUGGCGUCACCCGCGACAUCUACGAGGGCGUGCUGCUCGAGAUCGAGGAGCUCCAGACCAAACUGCUCGAGGAGCAGAGCGAGUUGAUCCACGCCAGGAGCCAAGUCCGCGAUCUCGAGAAGGCGCUGUUGCAGGAGACGCGGGGCAGCCAGACGAGUAGGCUCGCUCUGAACGAGAAGCUUCGCCUGGCCAACGAGCGGGAGUCGAGUCUCGUGGCUGAAAUUUCGGAGCUUCGCGAGCAGAACGAGCUGCUCGAGUUCCGGGUACUCGAGCUCGAGGAGUCACCCAAUCCGAGAGAUACGCCCGAUCCGGCGGAUAGUGGUAUCGUCUCGCCCGAGCCGAUACAACUGUACAAGGAGCACCAGCCAAACAAGCACAGGGACCGCGCGGUGGCCACUGUAAUCCCGUAUACCUCGGCGACCUACAGUCAUCCAGCCCUACCGUCGGAAGCUCAAAAGUCACCCCUGUCCCUCCAAGAGAGCGGAAUCUUCGAAGAGGAGGAGUCCGAGUAUGAGCACCAGCUCGAUGGUGGCGCUGGGAUCAGCUGCAGCAAUCAGAGCACUCAGACCGAGGCGCCGGCCGGUGAGCUCUUGCAGGAGGUGCAGCGCCUCCAGGAGCUACGGGUUCGUAUUCAAGAGCGCGCGGCCAAGAUUCCAAUCCCACCUCUGUCACCCAUUGUCGGCGAUCGCAGCGCCGAGCAGCCCCGAUGCGAGUGCUCGGCUGAAAUAGCACCCCUCAGGCAGAAGAUCGGUGAACUGGAGGGCCGAGUGAGCACCUACGAAACGGAGCGACUGGUCACAAAGCAGAGGGAAGAGGAGCUGCUGGACGAGAACUACCGACUUGCCGAGAAGGUCUACUGUCUCGAGGAGGAGCUGAACAAACUCGAGUCUAAACUGAACCAGGUUAGGUUGACCAGCGACGCAGAGGUCAUGACCGACGAGGUCCCGGCCAAAAGGGACGCUUCCCAGCAGUGCGAGGUGCUCGACAGUUUUAAGCCAGCAGAGGUGAUGGUCAACGAGGUCGAUGGUGGGGGUCCCGCAGACUGUGUUAUCUUUUCACCCGAGCCGGUACACAUGUACAAGCGCGACCUCUACAAAGCCGCCCUUGUGCACUUGGAAGAGCCCAAGGAGUGCGACGAGACGAGCUCCACUCCCGAGUCCUCCUCGAAGAGCAAAUCCUGCGCGCAGUGCAGUGAACUUUGGAAGGAUUGCGCCAGGACGGAGAUCUGCCUGCGCCAGCAGAUAGCCAGUCUGGAGCAAAGGGAGAGCGCCCUCUUCAAGACGCUGCGCCAUGCUGACGAGAAUUGGACGAAGCUCGAAGCCGACUACUUGGCCAAGAGCAGGAACAUGAGCGACCAGCUGAGCGCACAAAAAGAGAUCAACCGGUCGCUCGUCGAGCAGUUUGAGAGGCUCGACCGGUCGCCGGCCGGCGUCCGACUUUCAAAGAUCAGUGGCGCCGGAGAACCUAUGGAGGUCGACUCGUCGGUGAGUUGCACGCAGACCGAAGAGGUGCAGCACUCAGCGAUCGUCAAGGCUAUCGAGGGAGUUACGACGAUCUCGCUAAACAAUGUCCAGGUGCUCGGCUGCGCUGAUGUCGACGAUGAACAGACGAGCAGGCCGCUGAUUGUGGGGCCACCAGCAGAGGUGGCGACCGAAGCUAAAGAGGAGGACAAAUCGUUGCGAGCUAGUGCAGGAGCAUCGGCUUCGCAGCAGGACGCCGGCAAUCCAUCAGGCGAAAAAAAGAACUAUACGACGAUCAUAACGCCGAGAGGCUUUAAGAGAACGAAUUCAGCUGGACAAGAUGCUCGGAGAGAAUUUCUAGCUCUGUGCCUCGGACCUUAAUAAUCACUGCUCGGCGACCCAAAAGCUCACGUACCUACAAUCGUUUAAAUGUCUCUGGCCCUCCCCAAGCAAAUCAUCUACUUCCGAUGGAGAUGAUGUUCCUUUAAUCACCAGCCCCUUGUAAGGAUGUCAACGACGAUCCCAGGCUAUCACGUACGUUUAUCGCACUUCCUUCGUGCUGGAGAAGAACCGUUUUUCAAAGCAUCAGACGAGGGUAAAAACUGCUGGCGUUGCUUGGCGAGUCCAAGCGGCGACCAGAAAUGGUGUGCUCAGUGUAGGUACACGAGACCUAUGCCGACGACAACCGCACAAACGAAGACCGGAAAAGCUGCUCGAAAUAAUAGCUGUACGUGGGUUUUACCAGACCAACAUUUGAAGCAGCUGGAAUUUUCGCGCGCACCGGACUCACGUCAGCGAUGCAAGGCAGUAUUUGAUCGAUCGUUUUUCUCCAGAAUCGUUUGUCCCGCGGGAAAUGCGCUAAUCGAAUUUUCGUUCGUUUCUUUGGAUGUGAUUCUCUUUACGAAACUCUGGGAUUUAAUUGUUAUUUCACAAAGAUUAAUUUUUUUUAGUGUUUUCGUGAAAAGCAACGUUUAAAAGAAUCGAACGACGGGUGCCUGAGAACAAAGAAAACAUGUGUUUGCCGAGCUGUGAUUUUUCACGUCAAUUGUGUAAAACAAACGAUAGUACAAUCAGGUUUAUUUUACUUUAGCUAAUUGAAAAGCAUCAUUUUACUCUAUUGAUUUCGCACUAUGUGUAUGCGUUUGGAAUAACACAGACGUUUUCCACAUUAAUAUAAUAAUCAAUCGAUCGUUGCCCUAUUGUGCUUCUUGAUUAUUCACUUCUACGUGACGGUGCGAUUAUUUUUAUGAUUUAUGUUUAUCAAAAAGUUUAUGCGAAACGAUACAAAUACAUUUUGAUUUCAAAAAGAGUCACAAGAAUGGGCUAUAUACGUUAUAUCUUUUACAGGACUGAAAUUAUAAAACUAAGAGAGAUUAAAUUCAAUCGGUACAAAAUGUUUUUCUUGCAAUGAAAUUGGUAUCGAGGGUACGUAUGACCGUACAACCAAAAAAGCAAGUAAAAUUUUAAAAAUGUAACGCAAAGUUUACAUUGAAUUUCGUCUAAAGUAAUGCGUAAUUAUAAGUUUAUCUAAAAAAAAAAAAAAAACCCACAAAACUGCCGUGACUGAGAAAACGCCGGCUCUCAUGUAUGUAUAUAUUGUGUCUAGUCGAUGUACUUUCUUUUUUUUUUUUUUUCGCUCGUCUCAUCAUGUGUAUGUCGAAUCAAGGCAUUACGGCGUUUUCAUUUUUCUCUCUGUUACGAGCGACAAGUGCCUCGGGAUGCAAAUUAGAUUUUAACACAUGAUAUAUGUAAACUGCAUGCACUGCAAUACGUAUGUAUACUAGACGUAUUAAUUAGCGUUAAAUAUUGUACAUUUGUAUUGAAUGUAGCGUAUGAGAUUUUUAAUCAAAAUAAUGUAUCGAAAAAAAGCAUGUUCAUGUUAUAAAAUACAAUAGCGUUGUAAGACUUCAAAGUGUAUCUCGAGUGCGUCGUGUGUUAAUUUUAAAGGUGACAAUAAUAAUUAUAACAUAGUAACGCGUGCGAUUUCGUCGAGGUUUAUUAACUAUUAUUUAUCAGCUGAUUGUACAACUUGUAUUUGUCGAAUAAAAAAUACCUAGUGUUACUCAUCGAAAA